GACUCAUUAAUCGAGGACUCGAUAAACAUCAUCGCUGAGGAGAUCACAAAGCAGUACAUGCCGAAUGGAGAAUCCAUUGAUGCCAUUUUAGGACUCGAGUCCCGGGGUUUUCUUUUUGGAACAUUGCUUGCAGUAAAGCUGAAAUGUGCCUUUGUUCCAAUCCGAAAGGCGGGCAAACUACCGGGCGACUGCUUCAAGAAGACUUAUGAUCUGGAAUAUGGUUCGGCCUCUUUGAAUGUUCUUGGGGCUGGCGUUCUCGUGGAGAUUUGCGAAUGCAAGGGUGGUGAAAAACUGGACAAAGCGGGUCUUCGCUGGUUCUCCAUCCUCAAAUUUUAA